GAUAAGAACAUAAUGACAGUUAUAUCAAUAAAAUAAAAUAAAAUAACCGAAAAAGAAGAGUAUAAAUAUAAGGAGAGGAGUAAGUGGUGAAAUAAACGAAUCCUAUAACAAGAAGGUGGUAAAUAUGAGGUUGGGCUUUGUUUUAGUUGAAACUUGAAAGCAGAGCAACCAAAGACCAUCGUCCGGGUGGUGGUCGUGCUGGUGCUUUCACUUUCUCUCUUUCAUGAAUGGGAAACCGCCGCUAUUUGUUUCUUUCAAAACCAUUCCCUUAACCCAAAAUCAAUCCUCACGUCCGUUCAACUUUCGGGAACGACUCUCUUUUUGAAUUUUUUUUAAUUAUUAAUUCAUUAUUAUCAUUUUUCGUUGGAUUUUGUUGUAAAAAUCGAAAAUGAGAAAGGAUAGGAGAACAAAGAUGAAGGGAAGAGUGUCAAGGAUUGGAAGCUAUGCGAUUGCAUCUUCCUUGAAGGAUCAUCCUCACCAACCCUGCAUUACCUGCACCACUUUUAACAUCCUCGCUCCCAUUUACAAACGCCUUUCUCAUAAGGACCAGAAUUGCCGUGAAAGCGAUUAUAGGGCAUAUUGGUUGGCCAGGAACCAACGAAUAUUGGAUUCUUUAUUAUACGAGAGAUCUUCCAUUAUUUGUCUGCAGGAAUUCUGGGUUGGAAAUGAAGAGCUUGUAAAUAUGUAUGAGAAGAGGCUUGGUGAUGCUGGUUAUCUUAAAUUCAAGCUUGGACGUACCAACAACCGCGGUGAUGGUCUGUUAACUGCGGUGCAUAAGGACUACUUUAGGGUUAUUAAUUAUAGGGAAUUGCAUUUCAAUGAUUGUGGAGACCGGGUUGCGCAAUUGCUACAUGUUGAGUUGGUUACCCCUGCUUCACAAUGCCGAAACAACGAUCCUUGCCAAGAAAUUCUUAUUGUCAAUACCCAUUUGCUUUUUCCUCAUGAUUCAAGUUUGUGUAUAGUGCGAUUGCAUCAGGUCUACAAAAUCUUGCAGUAUGUCGAAUCUUAUCAGAAGGAAUAUAAUCUUAAUCCUUUACCAAUUAUGCUUUGCGGUGACUGGAAUGGGAGCAAACGCGGGCACGUUUACAAGUUCCUUAGGUCCCAAGGCUUUGUAUCAUCAUAUGAUACUGCUCACCAGUACACCGAUGCAGAUGCACACAAGUGGGUUAGUCACCUUAAUCAUCGGGGAAAUAUAUGCGGUGUGGAUUUUAUAUGGCUUCUCAAUCCCAAUAGUUACCGCAAACUUCUGAAAACAAGUUGGACUGAAGCAGUAUUUGGCAUGUUCAAGAAUCAACUAAGGAAAGCUUCAUUGACAGAAGAUGCUGCGUUUGCUUUUCUUAAGGCUGACAAUGAUGGUGAUUACAUUACCUACUCAGGUUUCUGUGAAGCUCUUCGACAGUUCAAUAUAAUCGGUCAUCGCUAUGGACUAAGUGUUGAAGAGACAAAGGACUUGUGGGUUCAAGCAGACAUUGACGGAAACGGUGUUGUUGACUACAAAGAAUUUCAGCUGCGAAUCUGGAAACCUGCAUGGUCAGAGCCAAGAGAUGGAGACAUCAAAGAAGGCCAAGAUAGGGGCCAUAAGGUGACUGAAAAAUAUGGUAGGAAGAAGCAAGCUACUGGUUUUAGUGUGAAGAAUGCAGUUUUGUUUCCUCCAGAAGUGGAAAAGGGAAGGUGGCCUGAAAAUUAUUUUCUCUCUGAUCACGCCCGACUUACAGUGGUGUUCUCACCGAUAACAAUGCCUUGUUCGCAGCUAGCAUAAUGACAAAAUCUGAGAUGCAAGGAAACUUAGAUGGCAAAUUUUGUAUGGGGCACUGAAAUGAAGAGAAGUUGAAGGAUUUGGAGUAGUCUGUGCUGUAUGCAUGUUAACCAUAGGAGUGCCCCAGAGAGAGCCUGAAAAUGUUUUAUGGUUCUUGUAAUGCCAAUAAUCGCAGGGGACUCCCACUGCAAUGCCAAUAAUCGCAGGAACAUGAAAUUUAAGGGCAUCACUCCAUCGAAGUGGCAUUUCGUCAGUGAUUGGGCAGAUAAUGGAACUGGUUCCCCUUAUUUGCUGGUAAAACAGGGGAAAUGGAAAGGAAAAAAGAAGCGGAAGGUAUACAUGUAUAUAUUUAUAUAUAUUUCAUUACAUAUAGGCAGGUUACAGGUAGCAAUCAGUCUUUGGUUAGCAUGGUGAGUCCAUCUUAGAAUAGAGCAGUGGCCCAUUGAAAUUGUGCAGUAAUGUGAAGUACUAGACUAGCAUUUGAAGCAUCAGAAUGUAUAGAGGGAAACCCCCAUGUUAGUAGGUAAGGUGAAGGAACAUUGAUCCAAUAGUGAAUCACUUUGCAGACAGAUUAUAUAUAAACUCCACCUAGUAAACAUAUUAAAAAUUUA